CAAACCAAUGAAACACAUGUGUCUCCUCCAGGUGUUUUGUGAUGCCGUGUCUGAUUGGUCAACGGGGAAUUACAAACCAAUGAAACAUGUGUCUCUCCUCCAGGUGUUUGUGAUGCCGUGUCUGACCUCUCUCCUGUUGACCCAAAUGGUGUACCUGGACCUGAGUGGUAACCUACUGACCGACCUGACCCUGACGGAAUCUCUGUGUCACGGGAUUGGGAUCCUGAGGAAUCUCAGGGUUAUCAACGUCAGCGACAAUGCCCUGAAGUCCAUUUCCCUCAUCAGCAAACUCGUCACCAGUCUGGACAAACUAGUCCACCUGGACAUCAGUCAGAACGCCUACACCUCCAUGCCUCCCACCUGCUCCUGGCCACAGAUACUGACUCACCUCAACCUCUCGAGGGCUAAGCUACGGAGGGUCACCCCCUGUCUACCCCCGACCCUGGAGAUCCUGGAUCUGGGACAUAAUGACCUGACAGCCUUCCAUAGUGUUGCUCUCCCGGCCCUGAGGGAGCUGCACCUCUCUGGGAACAAGUUGAUGAGUCUGCCCCCUGGAUGGUUGUUCCCUAGCCUGGAGGUCCUCCUGAUCGAGAGCAACACUCUCAACAUGUUUGGGCCCUUGGACCUCCGACGCUACAGGAGGCUCCGAGCACUGCAGGCCGGUCAAAACAGGUUUGUGUGUUCCUGUGAGUUUGUCAACUUCAUGGUCUGGAGGUGGGGUGGAGCAGUAGAGGGCAGUGUUGAGCUAACAGACAGAUGGGAUAACUACCUUUGUGACUCACCGCUGCCCCUGCAGGGCCAGAGGGUUGACCGCGUCCAGCUCUCACCGUUCCAAUGCCACCGCAUCCUCCUCGUGUCCUCACUCUGCGGCUGCAUGCUCGCUUCCGGAAUCCUGUUUGUAAUUCUGCUCUGGAAGAUCCACGCCGUGUGGUACGUGAGGAUGAUGUGGGCGUGGCUUAAAGCCAAACGGAAUUCCGGGAACCAGAAGCGCCGGGAUGCCGCAGGGAAUGCCGACCCCCUCUGCUAUGACGCGUUCGUGUCGUACAGCGAGCAAGACGCAGAGUGGGUGGAAGAAUUCCUGGUUCCAGAGCUGGAGGAUUCCCAGCCUCCGCUCUCCCUCUGCCUCCACAAGAGAGACUUCCUGCCAGGCCACUGGAUCAUCGACAACAUUAUCCAUGCAAUGGAACGCAGCCGACGCACCCUCUUCGUCCUGUCGGAACACUUCGUCCACUCUGAGUGGUGCCGGUACGAGUUGGACUUUUCCCACUUCCGUCUGUUUGACGGGGACUCAGAGGCAGCCGUCCUGGUGCUUCUGGAACCCAUCUCCAAGGACGACGUUCCCAAACGCUUCUGCAAGCUCCGCAAGUUGAUGAGCUCCCGUACCUACCUGGAGUGGCCGCAGGAGGACGAGAGGAGGGCAGAAUUCUGGAGCAACCUCCGUCUGGCCGUGAGGGGCGGAGAUGAGCUGUGAUCCAACCGGGUUCCGGGAAGUCUGGAAUAUUCUCAGAAUGAUUCUCUUUUCUGCCGACAGUAAAGAUUGAUUGGUUGGUUAAA